AUGUCGACAAAACCUCUUUCACCAAAAACGAUUACUGAUAUCGACGAGUACCUCAAACCAGAUGUACCCGCUAUCAUCCAACGUCAUAACAGCUUCAGGAAAUGGAAAGACGUCUUCGAGAGACACGAGGGAGGUUAUGACAAGUUCACAAAAGGCUAUCUCAAAUUUGGCUUGAAUGUCGGUUCCAAAAACGAGGUUACUUACAGGGAGUGGGCUCCCAACGCAAAGGAAGCAUACCUCAUUGGCGACUUUAACGAUUGGGAUAGGACUAGUCAUCCUAUGGAAAGGGAUGAAUUUGGAGUGUGGAAAAUUGUCGUGCCCCCUCUUCCCUCUGGCGCCUGUUCUAUACCCCAUGAUUCCAAACUCAAGAUUUCGAUGGUACUUCCCAAUGGUUCGCGCAUUGAGCGCCUACCAGCAUGGAUAAAACGUGUUACUCAGGACUUAUCUGUGUCUCCUGUGUACGAUGCUCGUUUCUGGAACCCGCCAACUUCGCAAAGGUACACAUUCCAACAUGCAUCCCCACCCAGGCCGGCGGACGUGAGGAUUUAUGAAGCACACGUCGGAAUUUCAUCUUCAGAGCCCAGAGUUGGGACCUACAAAGAAUUUACAACGAACAUUCUCCCGAGGAUCAGGGACCUUGGUUAUAAUGUAAUUCAACUGAUGGCGAUCAUGGAACAUGCAUACUACGCCUCUUUUGGAUAUCAGGUUACUAGCUUUUUUGCUGCAAGCUCCCGUUAUGGCAACCCUGAAGAUUUGAAGGAACUUAUCGACACUGCACAUGGAAUGGGCAUUACAGUGCUUCUUGACAUCGUGCACUCCCAUGCAUGCAAAAAUGUUCUAGAUGGAAUUAACGAGUUCGAUGGCACUGACCACCUCUACUUUCAUGAAGGGGGGAAAGGUCGCCAUGAGCUCUGGGACAGCCGUUUAUUCAACUACGGGCAUCACGAAGUCCUUCGAUUCCUGCUCAGCAAUCUACGUUUCUGGGUAGAAGAAUACCGUUUUGAUGGGUUCCGUUUCGACGGAGUUACGAGCAUGAUGUACAAACAUCAUGGUAUCGGAACUGGAUUUUCCGGAGGAUAUCACGAAUACUUUGGAGACGGGGCCGAUGAAGAAGGCAUCGUAUAUCUCAUGCUUGCCAACGAUUGUAUGCAUGAGUUGUAUCCUCAUUUGAUCACUAUUGCCGAGGAUGUCUCCGGAAUGCCACUUUUGGGCAAGCCGGUCGAUGUUGGAGGAGUUGGAUUCGACUAUCGCCUUUCUAUGGCAAUUCCAGACAUGUGGAUUAAGCUUUUGAAGCACAAGCAUGAUGACGAAUGGGACAUGGGCAAUAUUGUGUUUACUCUAACCAACAGGCGUCAUGGCGAGAAGAGUAUAGCUUAUUGCGAAAGUCAUGAUCAGGCACUUGUAGGGGACAAGACGAUAGCCUUUUGGCUAAUGGACAAGGAGAUGUAUACAAACAUGUCCGAUUUGACGCCAAUGACUGAAAUAAUUGCUCGUGGACUCGCGUUGCACAAAAUGAUACGACUACUUACCCAUUCGCUUGGUGGGGAAGGUUACCUCAACUUUGAGGGCAACGAGUUUGGACAUCCCGAGUGGCUCGAUUUCCCCCGCGAGGGUAACGGAAAUUCCUUCCAUUACGCUCGUCGUCAGUGGAAUGUUGUCGACGACCAUCUUUUGAGAUACAAGUACCUCAACAAUUUUGACCGAGCUAUGAACCACGCAGCCGCACGAUACGGCUGGCUCGGCGCACCACAAGCCUACGUGUCUUUGAAAAACGAGCUGGACAAAGUUAUCGUAUUCGAGCGAGCAGGCCUCCUCUUCAUCUUCAACUUCCAUCCCACUCAAAGCUUCACAGACUAUCGUGUAGGUGUUGAAGAAGCUGGGGAAUAUAAAAUAGUUUUGAGCAGCGACGAAAAACGUUUUGGAGGAUUUGACAACAUCAUGUUAGAUAGCAAGUUCUUCACUACCCCUCUGGAAUGGAAUGGUCGGAAGAAUUUCCUCCAGGUUUACAUCCCUACUAGGACAUGCAUCGUACUUUCCAAGUGA